ACUCGGGGCAGGAGGGGCAGAAGUUGCGCGCGGGCCGGCGGGCGGGAGCGGACACCGAGGCCGGCGUGCAGGCGUGCGGGUGUGCGGGAGCCGGGCUCGGGGGGAUCGGACCGAGAGCGAGAAGCGCGGCAUGGAGCUCCAGGCACCCCGCGCCUGCUUCGCCCUGCUGUGGGGCUGUGCGCUGGCCGCGGCCGCGGCGGCGCAGGGCAAGGAAGUGGUACUGCUGGACUUUGCUGCAGCUGGAGGGGAGCUCGGCUGGCUCACACACCCGUAUGGCAAAGGGUGGGACCUGAUGCAGAACAUCAUGAAUGACAUGCCGAUCUACAUGUACUCCGUGUGCAACGUGAUGUCUGGUGACCAGGACAACUGGCUCCGCACCAACUGGGUGUACCGAGGAGAGGCUGAGCGUAUCUUCAUUGAGCUCAAGUUUACUGUACGUGACUGCAACAGCUUCCCUGGUGGCGCCAGCUCCUGCAAGGAGACUUUCAACCUCUACUAUGCCGAGUCGGACCUGGACUACGGCACCAACUUCCAGAAGCGCCUGUUCACCAAGAUUGACACCAUUGCGCCCGAUGAGAUCACCGUCAGCAGCGACUUCGAGGCACGCCACGUGAAGCUGAACGUGGAGGAGCGCUCUGUGGGGCCGCUCACCCGCAAAGGCUUCUACCUGGCCUUCCAGGAUAUCGGUGCCUGUGUGGCGCUGCUCUCCGUCCGUGUCUACUACAAGAAGUGCCCCGAGCUGCUGCAGGGCCUGGCCCACUUCCCUGAGACCAUCGCCGGCUCUGAUGCACCUUCCCUGGCCACUGUGGCCGGCACCUGUGUGGACCAUGCCGUGGUGCCACCGGGGGGUGAAGAGCCCCGUAUGCACUGUGCAGUGGACGGCGAGUGGCUGGUGCCCAUUGGGCAGUGCCUGUGCCAGGCAGGCUACGAGAAGGUGGAGGAUGCCUGCCAGGCCUGCUCGCCUGGAUUUUUUAAGUUUGAGGCAUCUGAGAGCCCCUGCUUGGAGUGCCCUGAGCACACGCUGCCAUCCCCUGAGGGUGCCACCUCCUGCGAGUGUGAGGAAGGCUUCUUCCGGGCACCUCAGGACCCAGCGUCGAUGCCUUGCACACGACCCCCCUCCGCCCCACACUACCUCACGGCCGUGGGCAUGGGUGCCAAGGUGGAGCUGCGCUGGACGCCCCCUCAGGACAGCGGGGGCCGCGAGGACAUUGUCUACAGCGUCACCUGCGAACAGUGCUGGCCCGAGUCUGGGGAAUGCGGGCCGUGUGAGGCCAGUGUGCGCUACUCGGAGCCUCCUCACAGACUGACCCGCACCAGUGUGACAGUCAGCGACCUGGAGCCCCACAUGAACUACACCUUCACCGUGGAGGCCCGCAAUGGCGUCUCAGGCCUGGUAACCAGCCGCAGCUUCCGUACUGCCAGUGUCAGCAUCAACCAGACAGAGCCCCCCAAGGUGAGGCUGGAGGGCCGCAGCACCACCUCGCUUAGCGUCUCCUGGAGCAUCCCCCCGCCGCAGCAGAGCCGCGUGUGGAAGUACGAGGUCACCUACCGCAAGAAGGGAGACUCCAACAGCUACAAUGUGCGCCGCACCGAGGGUUUCUCCGUGACCCUGGACGACCUGGCCCCAGACACCACCUACCUGGUCCAGGUGCAGGCACUGACGCAGGAGGGCCAGGGGGCCGGCAGCAAGGUGCACGAAUUCCAGACGCUGUCCCCGGAGGGAUCUGGCAACUUGGCGGUGAUUGGCGGCGUGGCUGUCGGUGUGGUCCUGCUUCUGGUGCUGGCAGGAGUUGGCUUCUUUAUCCACCGCAGGAGGAAGAACCAGCGUGCCCGCCAGUCCCCGGAGGACGUUUACUUCUCCAAGUCAGAACAACUGAAGCCCCUGAAGACAUACGUGGACCCCCACACAUAUGAGGACCCCAACCAGGCUGUGUUGAAGUUCACUACCGAGAUCCAUCCAUCCUGUGUCACUCGGCAGAAGGUGAUCGGAGCAGGAGAGUUUGGGGAGGUGUACAAGGGCACGCUGAAGACAUCCUCGGGGAAGAAGGAGGUGCCGGUGGCCAUCAAGACGCUGAAAGCCGGCUACACAGAGAAGCAGCGAGUGGACUUCCUCGGCGAGGCCGGCAUCAUGGGCCAGUUCAGCCACCACAACAUCAUCCGCCUGGAGGGCGUCGUCUCCAAAUACAAGCCCAUGAUGAUCAUCACUGAGUACAUGGAGAAUGGGGCCCUGGACAAGUUCCUUCGGGAGAAGGAUGGCGAGUUCAGCGUGCUGCAGCUGGUGGGCAUGCUGCGGGGCAUCGCAGCUGGCAUGAAGUACCUGGCCAACAUGAACUAUGUGCACCGUGACCUGGCUGCCCGCAACAUCCUCGUCAACAGCAACCUGGUCUGCAAGGUGUCUGACUUUGGCCUGUCCCGCGUGCUGGAGGACGACCCUGAGGCCACCUACACCACCAGUGGCGGCAAGAUCCCCAUCCGCUGGACCGCCCCGGAGGCCAUUUCCUACCGGAAGUUCACCUCUGCCAGCGACGUGUGGAGCUUUGGCAUUGUCAUGUGGGAGGUGAUGACCUACGGCGAGCGGCCCUACUGGGAGUUGUCCAACCACGAGGUGAUGAAAGCCAUCAAUGAUGGCUUCCGGCUCCCCACGCCCAUGGACUGCCCCUCCGCCAUCUACCAGCUCAUGAUGCAGUGCUGGCAGCAGGAGCGUGCCCGCCGCCCCAAGUUCGCUGACAUUGUCAGCAUCCUGGACAAGCUCAUUCGUGCCCCUGACUCCCUCAAGACCCUGGCUGACUUCGACCCCCGCGUGUCUAUCCGGCUCCCCAGCACGAGUGGCUCGGAGGGGGUGCCCUUCCGCACGGUGUCCGAGUGGCUGGAGUCCAUCAAGAUGCAGCAGUAUACGGAGCACUUCAUGGCGGCCGGCUACACUGCCAUCGAGAAGGUGGUGCAGAUGACCAACGAGUCCCCAAGGCACCCUCUCCACCCUCCUCCUCUGCCUCCCUCCACUCCCCUCCCCAGCCGCCCACCGAGUCCUGUCCCCACCCAGCCCGGACCCCUCCCCUGCUCCAGCCCCUAACUCUCCCUUUCUCCCUCCCGGCCCACAGCGACAUCAAGAGGAUUGGGGUGCGGCUGCCCGGCCACCAGAAGCGCAUCGCCUACAGCCUGCUGGGACUCAAGGACCAGGUGAACACUGUGGGAAUCCCCAUCUGAGCCUCGACAGGGCCUGGAGCCCCAUCGGCCAAGAAUACUUGAAGAAACAGAGUGGCCUCUCUGCUGUGCCAUGCUGGGCCACUGGGGACUUUAUUUAUUUCUAGUUCUUUCCUCCCCCUGCAACUUCCGCUGAGGGGUCUCGGAUGACACCCUGGCCUGAACUGAGGAGAUGACCAGGGAUGCUGGGCUGGGCCCUCUUUCCCUGCGAGACGCACACAGCUGAGCACUUAGCAGGCACCGCCACGUCCCAGCAUCCCUGGAGCAGGAGCCCCGCCGCGGCCUUCGGACAGACAUACAGGAUAUUCCCAAGCUGACCUCCCCUCCGUCUUCUCCCACAUGAGGCCAUCUCAGGAGAUGGGGGGCUUGGCCCAGCGCCAAGUAAACAGGGUACCUCAAGCCCCAUUUCCUCACACUAAGAGGGCAGACUGUGAACUUGACUGGGCGAGACCCAAAGCGGCCACUGUCCCUCUAGUGCCUUCUUUAGAUCCUCGGGCCCCGUCCUCAUCCCUGACUGGCCAAACCCUUGCUUUCCUGGGCCUUUGCAAGAUGCUUGGUUGUGUUGAGGUUUUUAAAUAUAUAUUUUGUACUUUGUGGAGAGAAUGUGUGUGUGUGGCAGGGGGCCCCGCCAGGGCUGGGGACAGAGGGUGUCAAACAUUCGUGAGCUGGGGACUCGGGGGCCAGAGCUGCAGGAGUGUCCUGCCCAUGCCCCAGUCGGCCCCAUCUCUCAUCCUUUUGGAUAAGUUUCUAUUCUGUCAGUGUUACGGAUUUUGUUUUGUUGGACAUUUUUUUCGAAUCUUAAUUUAUUAUUUUUUUUAUAUUUAUUGUUAGAAAAUGACUUAUUUCUGCUCUGGAAUAAAGCUGCAGAUGAUUCAAACCGA